CGUCUGUCUCCUCACUCUCCAGCUGCCCCAGCCCCAGCUCCAGGGCAGCUUUGAAUUUGACUUUUCAUGGUGGUCUGCUGUACUUAUCAUCUCUCAAAUCAUCUACCCUUCUCUGUGUCUGUCCAUCUAAACCCAAAACCAGGGAAGGAUUUUCCGGAACAGGGAAGAAUAAGAUGACAUUUGCUACGCUGAUUCUUCUUCUCUCUCUUCUUUCUCUCUCAUCUUCUUCUCCACCUCCGGCGACCGCCAACGUUUCCCGAUGCCCAAUGGAUCUGAGCUAUGUCCAGAGAGUCCCGUGGCCGGUCUCCGACUGCCAGAACUACCACCCGGAGUCCCCAGCCGGCGACUCCAACAACAUAACCCGCUGUUGCCAAACGCUCCUCAGCCUCUUCGGCAUCGCCUUGGCUCAGCGCCUCAAGCAGACCUCCCUCUUCCGCCUCCCCGACUACGGCACCUCCGUUGCUUGCCUCGCCGACUUCCAGUCCAGUCUCAAUGCUCUCUCUUUGCCGCCCAAUCUCACUUCCGUUUGCUUUGAUCCUCGGCAGUUCGUGAUCACGCCCGAUGUUUGCGCGGCGAUUGAGUCCACUCGCGACUGGGUUGCCAAGCUCGGAACGAACACUUCUCUGGACUCCGAUUGCCGGCCGGACCUCACCGAUUUGACGGCCUGCGACGCCUGCGUCGCCGCCGGGUUCCAGGUUCAGGGCAGCCUAAUCGCCAUUGACGGUAAUAAAUCUCACGCCACUGAUUGCUUUCACUUCUCAAUCUUGUAUGCUGCUGGUGUUGUGAAUGAGUUGGGUCCCGAGAGCACAGGGGCCGUUUCUUGCAUUUUUGGGCUUUCAGUUGCUGCCGAUUCUGGGUCUGGUAAAUCCCAUUUGGCUCUUGUUUUUGGCCUUACUGGAGCCGGCGUUGCCGUGUUGGUGGUGGCUGUGCUGGUGGGUCUGUACUUGUGGUGGGACAAGGAAUGGAGGCGGAAAAGGGAUGGUGUUGAGCUUGGUUAUGGAUUGGAUGGGGAGGAGUUGGGUUCGAGGCCCAGAGUGAGGCCCAAUACGGGUUCAAUUUGGUUCAAGAUUGAUGAACUUGCGAAGGCAACUGACAACUUCUCGCAGAAGAAUUUCAUCGGGAGAGGUGGGUUUGGGGUGGUGCAUAAGGGAACUUUGAAAGAUGGGACUGUGGUUGCUGUUAAGAAGGUGAUAGAAUCUGAUUUUCAGGGGAACGAGGAGUUUUGCAAUGAAGUUGAGAUAAUUAGCAAUUUGAGGCACAGGAAUUUGGUUCCCCUGAGGGGUUGUUGUGUAACCGGGGAAGAUGAUGAGCAAUAUGAAGAGAGCCAGAGAUUUCUUGUUUAUGAUUACAUGCCAAAUGGGAAUCUUGAUGACCAUCUCUUUUGGACCAAGAAUCGGAGCACAAAUAGGAAACAACCAUUGACAUGGCCCCAAAGAAAGAACAUAAUUUUGGAUGUGGCGAAAGGGCUUGCUUAUCUUCAUUAUGGAGUAAAGCCUGGUAUAUAUCAUAGGGAUAUUAAGUCCACAAAUAUACUGUUGGAUGCAGAGAUGAGGGCUAGAGUGGCAGAUUUUGGAUUGGCAAGGCAAAGCAGAGAAGGGCAGUCUCAUCUCACCACUAGAGUGGCUGGUACUCAUGGUUACUUAGCCCCGGAAUAUGCACUCUAUGGGCAAUUGACUGAAAAGAGUGAUGUUUACAGUUUUGGGGUGGUGGUUUUGGAAAUAAUGUGUGGAAGGAAAGCUCUUGAUUUGUCUUCCCCAGGAUCACUGGAUGCAUUUCUGAUUACAGAUUGGGCUUGGUCACUAGUGAAGGCAGGAAAAAUAGAGGGGGUUUUAGAUGCUUCUUUGUUGGUGAAUGGAGAUUCAGCAAAUUCAAAUCCAAAGGCUAUAAUGGAAAGAUUUGUGAAAGUUGGGAUUUUGUGUGCUCAUGUGAUGGUGGCCUUAAGGCCUACGAUUUUGGAUGCAAUAAAAAUGUUAGAAGGAGAUAUUGAAGUUCCUGCAAUUCCUGAUAGGCCUAUGCCCCUUGGACACCCUUCAUUUUCCAGGGAUGGGAACACCUUCGCCAUAUCACCAACAUUAAGUGGACCCAAAUUGGUUUGUGGAGAUAUGCUCAGGUAACUGAGACAGCUUUUAUUGUUUAUGAUCUCUUUGGAUAAGAGGUUGAUGGGGGGCACUAACCAGUCUUGGAACUAUCUUACUACGUUGCUUUAUGCAGUUCAGUUGAAAACUUGAGGAAUCUAUUUUAACUCCAAGCCUGUAUGUGGAAUGAAUUGAAAAUGGUUAUGAACCAAUGGAAGUUCUUGUUAGACACAAUUGGAGGUGGGUGCCAUGCUUCAUAUGACAGCCUAGGAGGAGGGGAAAAUGUUGAAAUAGUGGAAUUCUAGAACUGACUUAAUUAUUUGGAAGAUUCCAAUCUUUACUUAGGUUGUUCCAUUUUGUGUCAGGGAGGCAACCAGACACAGAAUGGUAUACACAUGUGAUGUAGGACGAAUUUGGGCUGAAGCUCAAAAUAGCAUUUAUAAUACUAGUCAAACAAUAUUUUAAUUUAUGUCUAUUUUUGUCUUUUUAGUUAUAUUUAUUUUAGGAUUUAGGGUUGUUAUUAGUAUUUAAACAUGUUCUCUUCUUCAUUAUGUUAACUUUGAAUGAAAUUAUUUCGUGAGUUUUACCCCCAGAUUGUUGGUGGAUUCCAGUUUUGUUACUCCUAUCACUAGUGGAUUUCAGUUUCUUUUUUUUUUAAAGAAUUUCGCUGGAAAUCCUUUGCUUUAUGCUGUGGGGGUGUUUGGCUUACCCUUUUUUUCAUAGCUUUUAAGUUAAAAAUUGAGUAGUGUGUUAGUUAAUAAUGUGUUUAGAUAAAUAUAUUUUUAAGUUAUUAAUUAAUAGUUAUGUAUUUAAUUUGAAAGAAGUGAUAAGUUAUCAAAACUUGACAAAAAGACUAAAACAAAUAUGAUGUUAAAUGAUGUAAAAUUUUAUCAUUAGAUAUUAAUAAAUUACACAUAAU